AGCAGUUCUAAAGCUACAAAGACAAUCAAAUUAGCCUUUUUUAUACCAGGUGCAAUCCUUGCUGGUAUUGUCAUGGGAUGGAUUAUAUUCGCUUGUAGACAUUGGGGGAAGCGCAGACCUAGGAAUGAUGACCAGUCAUGCCCAGCUGAAAGCCAAAGAAAAGAUAUUCCAUCUCUUUCUCUAAAGAAGAAAAGCCUUACUCCUACUACUUCAACCUACGUCUUCCCAAGUACUCCACCUGUUUCCUCUUCAAAUUCUGAUGUUGGAAAGGCAAGUUCCUAUUUUGGAGUGCAGAUCUUUACCUACACCGAACUUGAAGAAGCCACCAACAAUUUCGAUCGUUCAAGAGAACUUGGAGGUGGAGGCUUUGGCACUGUGUACUAUGGCAAGCUCCGAGAUGGCCGAGUGGUUGCUGUCAAGCGCCUCUAUGAGAACAAUUUCAAACGCCUAGAACAAUUCAUGAACGAAGUUGAGAUCCUAGCAAGGCUGCGGCACAAGAACCUCGUCACUCUAUUCGGGUGCACAUCACGGCGGAGCCGAGAACUCCUCCUUGUUUAUGAAUACAUUCCCAAUGGAACUGUGGCCGAUCAUCUCCAUGGGAAACGUAAAAAUUCCGGUUUGCUCUCUUGGCCCAUCAGGCUAAACAUUGCCAUAGAGACGGCUGACGCUCUCGCUUACCUCCACGCAUCUGAUGUCAUCCACCGUGAUGUCAAAACCACCAAUGUUCUCUUGGACAAUGAUUUCCAUGUCAAAGUAGUCGAUUUUGGGCUCUCACGGUUGUUCCCAAAUGAUGUCACCCACGUGUCAACAGCCCCCCAAGGCACCCCAGGCUAUGUUGAUCCGGAGUACCACCAAUGCUACCAGCUAACUGAGAAGAGUGAUGUGUAUAGCUUUGGAGUGGUCUUGAUUGAGCUUAUCUCCUCUAAGGAAGCCAUUGACACAAAUAGAGAAAGACACAAUAUUAAUCUGUCUAAUAUGGCGAUCAACAAAAUUCAAAACGGUGCAUUGCAUGAGUUGGUGGAUCCAGCUCUGGGGUUUGGGACAAAUAGCUCGGUGAGGAGGAUGAUCACUUUGGUAGCAGAGCUAGGUUUUCGAUGUUUGCAAAUGGAGAGGGAUCUGAGGCCGUCCAUGAAAGAAGUAGUGGGGGCUCUGAGAAGAAUCAAGUGUGAAGAACUGAAAGCAGAACCUGGGGAGGUGGUUGAAGUUAUAGUAGAAGACGAUGCUGGGCGUCUAAAGGGGAACCCUCCCCCACCAGAUUCUUAA